UAAACAGUCUGAUAAAAAAUCGAAUGUAUAAUAUUCAAUAUUGUUGACUAUUAACAAUUAUUAUUAUUAGCGUACUUAAAUUAAAUUUUUUUUCCAUUAAAUACAUUUUGUUCUACGUCAGAUUUAAAAUGGUAGAAGAUGGGAAAAAGAUAUCGUUCUCGUUCAGUAAGGUCACAGCCAAACCCAAAGUGAUACCCAAUGUAAUCAAACCUGCGCCAGAAAAAGCUGUACAGUUUAUCGAAUGCGUUGAAAAAAACUCAAUAAAAGUAAUCGGUAUCACUGAAGACAAUAAUGAACCGCUGGUCAUACCUAUGCAGCCGUCUGCCAAGCGGAGUCUACCGACCAAGCGGGUGCCGUCCAAAGAAAACGGCUCGGCGAGUGAACUGCGUCAAAAUGGAUCGUUGACGUUGGAAGAAAUGGCCGUGCGUGAACUGUUGUCGGGCAAGAAGGAAAACGACGAUCAAGUGGAAGUCAAAGUCAUGGAAGUACCGAUGAUAGUCAAUCCUCCCGACGGUAAAGAAGAGUCUACAGCUGAAGACUAUUCGAAUGUACCUAUUCAGGAUUUCGGAUUAGCCAUGCUCAGAGGUAUGGGCUGGAAGGCCGACAAAGGUAUAGGUAAAAAUGCACAAUUGAUUGCCGCCAGUAUGCCGGAACUAAGGCCUAAAGGUAUGGGCCUUGGAGCCGACAAAGUAGUAAAAUCUGCACAGAAGACAAAAGACACUAACGAAGAGUUGAAACUGGCAAACGGAUCGUACGUACAGUUUGAUUGCGGACGACUCGACGGACAGUAUGGUCAGGUAAUGGGAUUCGACGAGGGAGCAGCGAGGGUUAUGGUAAAAAUGGCUCGCACCGGUCAAAUGGAAAAGGUCGGUGAAAAUACAUUUUCUUUAGUCACUAAGAGCGAUUACGACAAAAACAGUAAAGUCCUCAACAUUAAAGAGUACAAAGAUUAUCAUGCCAAAAAGGACAAAAUGGAUGACGUUUUACACAGAUACGUCGAGAGAAAAAAUAAAAUCGAAUCGAUUCCGCAAAGUCGAGACAAAAUUAAUGACCGCUCGGAAAACGGUUCAAACGGUCGUUCUAGACAUCAUAAAACCAAAAAGAGCAAACAUUCAAAAUCACCCCACAGAAAACAUAAAUCAGACCAUAAAAAACACAAAAAAAACAAACACAAGAGAUCCUCAUCGUAAUAUAAUUUGUAAUUUUUUUUAAUUUCUCGAUAUUUAACGUUUUCAUUAUUGUUGUACGACCCGAUACUUACCUCCUAAGAAGCAUUUGUGCAUUUGUACGUGGGUUCCAUGUUCCAACCGAUCCUGCAAGGUACAUUUAUAAUUUAUAGUAUUUUAAAAUGUGUGUAAAUAUAAAUAUUUUUUAUCAAAAAGAACUUUAUUAAAGACAAAAGUAAUGUGCAAAUAACAAAGCAGUAAUUUUGUUUUUUUUU